CAACACUGCCUCUCGUUCCGUUCUCCCGUUUCAGCUGAACGAUCAAGUUACGUGGCUAGGGAAAUGUUGCAGUGAAGAGAGAGAGAGAGAGAGAGAGAGAGAGAGAGAGAGAGAGAGAGAGAGAGAGAGAGAGAGAGAGAGAGAGAGAGAGAGGCGGAGAGAGAGAGACUGCAGCAUCAUUUCAGAUCAGGCAGAAAGCAAGCCACGCGCGCACAUGCAGUGCAGUAGAACGUGCAGGUGAGAGAAAGAAAGAGAGAGAGAAGGCGUGCGUGGAGAAUGAACGAUAGAAUGCAGGACUCUUGUAAAACACGCAUUUUCUCUCGGUUCAUGACCGAAACAUCCUCGCGAACGCACAAGGAAUUAUAAUUGACCGGUUUGUUGACUUCGGGAUCUCUUUUGCCUUUAAAAAAAAAAAAAACAAGGGUUGCUGAUGUGAGCGAGCUCCGGUUUACGGUUUAGAUUAUUAUUCCGUCCCGAGAAGUGGCUGUGAAAAGCACUAUUGUCUUGUGAAGUUCCGCGAAGGCAUUCGACCAACUGCUUGGCACGUUGCUUCACUGCGGGGAAAAAAAAACACACGCGUAGUUCAGACUCAUAGCGGAGAGCGAGAGGUAAGAAACCACAAUUAAACUCUAAACGAUUACCGGACGAUAUCAAAUACUUUACUUUUGAACCGAUUGUGUUCCGCUUUGUGGAUGUAAGUAUUUUUUCACAACAUUAGUGAUUCGGGGUCCCGAGACAGAGUCGUGUACAGUUUUCUUUGUGGAUGUGCUGCAUUGCAGUUUCUCUUCAACUCGUCAAAAAGCCCCCUCGGUCCCCCGGAACGCGACCGGAAUUAAGCGAAAUUACUAACGGACUAAUAUAACUGAUACGAGAGUCCUCAAGAGAGGGAGAAACGGAAUACGGUCUCCAUCAUAAAAAGAGAGAGAGCGAGAGAGAGUCAAGUGGAUUAAUUAACGUGAGUGGAUGAUUUGGAUUUCUCUCUUCUUGCUGGAUGGAUUUGCUGAUAUCUUUGUGCUCUGAACAUCCCAGAGAGACUUAGAGGAAGUUUAUUUUUAAACCCUCAACAAUAAAGAGAAAGACAAAAGAAUAGAGGAAACAGACAUCCUGACUGAAACAGAGAUAUAGAAACCGAUAGUCACAUUAAGGACAGAGAGACUGAUCUGCAGUGUGUUAUUAGAGUGCUGUAAAGCUUUCCUGAACCCCAGGCAGUGGAACUGCCAAGAGAGAGAGAGAGAGGGGGGAAGAGUGAGAGAAAGAGAGGGAACAAAGAUAUACAGCCCAGAUAGACACAUUAACGACAGAGAAGGAGGGAAAGGUAGAAAUAUAGAUCCCCAGAGACAGGAAAGAGAGACUGAGGAAUAGAGAGAGAGAGAGAGGGGAAAGAGACAGGGGUAGAUGGUAGAGACAGCCAUGCGAAGGACAGGGGUAGGUGUCUGUGGUGGAGCAGUGUUCUCCUGCUCGGUAACUCUAACUGGACCGGGGGAGUUGUUCCACCUCCUAGUCCUUCUCCUACUAACGAUGACUCAGCUCCCGGUCGCUGACUCGGCUCUCCGUUACCGGGUGGCUGAGGAGGGCCCCGCAGACGUUAUGAUUGGUAAUGUGGCUGCCGACCUCGGCCUGUCCGCAGGCACCGGCUCCGGAGAUGUCACAUUCGCCCUAGAGAGCGGCUCGGAGUUCUUCAAGAUUGAUAACGUUACCGGGGAGCUGACUACCGGGCAGCGGAGGAUUGACCGGGAGAAGCUGUCCCAGUGUCAGAUGAUCUUCGAUGAGAACGAGUGUUUCCUGGACUUCGAAGUGUCUGUGAUUGGUCCGCUCCAGAGUUGGGUGGAUCUCUUUGAGGGCCGUGUGGUCAUCACCGACAUCAACGACAACACUCCCUCGUUUCCGUCGUCGGUGCUGACAUUAUCUGUCGAGGAGAACCGUCCAAUAGGCACGCUGUAUCUGUUACCCACGGCGACGGAUCGCGACUUCGGGCGCAAUGGGAUUGAUCGUUAUGAGCUGAUUCAAGAUGGCAGCUCUUCCGGGUCGGCGGGGUCAGGGUUGGGGUCAGCGAGGAGAGCAGCCGGAGGGCCAAUGGGAAGAGCGGAUGGAACAGGAGGAGGAGGGGAUAGGAGGAGAGGAGCAUUGGAUAACAACGGAGGAGGUGCAGGAGGAGGUGUGAGGAGCAGUGUGUUUGAGCUCCAGGUCGCCGACACGCCCGACGGCGAGAAGCAACCGCAGCUGAUCGUGAAAGGCCCUCUGGACCGUGAAGCACGCGACUCGUAUGAGCUGGUUCUACGGGUCCGGGACGGUGGCAACCCUCCUCGCUCUUCCCAGGCACUCCUCCGUGUCGCCAUCACCGAUGUCAACGACAACAGCCCGCGCUUCGAGAGAGCCAUCUAUGAGGCCGAGAUGGCGGAGAAUGCGCCUCCCGGAACCCCCGUCCUCCAGGUGCGCGCGUCGGACCGCGACGUCGGCGUCAACGGACAGGUGGAGUACGUCUUCGGCGCUGCCACGGAAUCUGUCCGCCGUCUUCUCCGACUGGACGAGGCUACCGGUUGGCUGAGCGUCCUCCACAGGAUUGACCGGGAGGAAGUGGCCCAGUUACGGUUCACGGUCACGGCAAGGGAUCGUGGUCAGCCGCCGCGCACCGACCGGGCGACCGUAGUCCUGGUGGUCCGGGAUGAGAACGACAACGUUCCGGUCGUGGAGAUCAGGAAGAUCGGACGGAUUCUGGUGAGGGACGGAGUGGCGCUGGUACCGGAGAAUGUUCUGGUGGACACGCCGGUGGCGCUGGUUCAGGUGUCAGACCGGGACCAGGGGGAGAACGGAGCGGUAACCUGUACGGUGGUCGGGGAUGUACCGUUCACCCUGAAACCAGCGGGAGAGACGGCACUCCUGCCACUGCCCGCGGAUGACGCCUUCGACAGAAACCGUAAGAAGUAUUUUCUCCACACGUCGGCCCUGUUGGAUUACGAGGCCACCAAAGAGUACAGCGUGACCAUCGUGGCAGUCGACUCCGGUUCCCCGUCUCUCUCCAGCAACAGCUCUCUCAUGGUCAGGGUAGUGGACAUCAACGACCACACUCCUGCCUUCGCCCAGGCCGUGGUGGAGGUCCACUUUGCCGAGAACAACCAACCAGGAGAGCGUGUGGUCACCGUGGUUGCGGCGGAUUCCGAUUCCGGAAAGAAUGCAGAGAUCGUGUAUUCGUUGGAUCCGUCCGUUACCGGCCUGUUCUAUAUUGAUGCUGAUAAUGGGGAUAUCCGCGCGACAGGGGUUCUGGACCGGGAGGUUAGGGAGAGGUACGAGUUCCAGGUGAUCGCCAGGGAUAAGGGAUUCCCCUCGCUGCAAGGGUCGGCCACGGUGGUAAUCAUGGUGACCGACCGCAACGACAACACUCCGAAGUUCGUCCAGGAAGUGUUCACGUUCUACGUGAAGGAGAACCUCCUUGCCAACAGCCCAGUCGGCAUGGUAACGGUAACAGACGCGGAUGAGGGUGAGAACGCGGAGCUGAGUCUUUUCGUAGAGAUGGAGGAAGAAGAAGGAGAAGAGGUGGAGGGAGGAGGAGCAGGGGAGAAGAACAAGGGAGUAGGAGAGGAGGGAGGAGGAAGAGGAGGAAGAGGUGAAGACACGUUCUCCAUAGAGAACAACACAGGGACGAUCUUCUCCUCCGUGGCCUUUGACCGGGAACGCCGUUCCACCUACACCUUCCGCGUCCGGGCCAUCGACGGCGGGGCUCCGCCUCGCUCCGCCACGGCGACAGUCUCCCUCAUCGUAACUGAUGAGAACGACAACGCCCCCUCCGUGACCUCGCCCACCAACGAUUCCUACACCCUCCUCCCCCCGGCCUCCUCCACCCGGACCAUCGUCAGAACCGUGGCCGCCUCGGACUCGGACUUUGGCCGCAACGCUGACCUGCGCUUCUCCCUGGUAGGAGGGAACCCCUUCAGGCUGUUUGAGAUCGGCCUGGCCAGUGGAGUGAUCACCGUGGCAGAGCCCCUCGAGAGGAGACACAGGGGGCUGCAUCGCCUGGUGGUCAGGGUCAACGACAGUGGAGAGCCAUCGCUCUGCGCCACCGCGCUGGUCCACGUCUUCAUCAACGAGAGUCUGGUCAACGCUACACUGGUGGACGCACAGGUGGCUCGUAGUCUGGCCGCCCCUCUCUACCUGGACAUCGCGGGCGACCCCGACAGCGAGCGAGCGUUGGGGAAACAGCGCCUCUCGGUGGCCAUCGGUGUCCUGGCGGGCGCCGCGGCAGUCAUCCUGGUCAUCCUCCUAGUGGUGAUGGCCCGCCAGUGUGGCGCCCAGGGCAAGAACGGAUACGAGGCCGGGAAGAAAGAACCGGAAGAGGAUUUCUUUAGCCCUCAACCGGCCGUGCCACAAACCAGGGGAGGGACGUUGGACCGCGGACGGAAGCCCCGCAGGGACAAACGGAACGGAGGCGCUGGAGGAGCCGGAGCCGGUAAUAAAACUGAACGGCCGCUCUACAGCGGCGUCGUCACGGUCAACGGGCUCCGUCGCCACGGCAACGACCACCACCACGUCGCCAACGUCGACGAUGACGACGAGGACGUGAGCAGCGCCAGCGAGAGGUUGGCGGCGAGGUACUGCGCGGUGGACGGAGACCCCGGGAGCCCACGCAUGGGCGCCAGGCAUCACCAGUCGAGCCCAGAUCUGGCCAGGCAUUAUAAGUCAAGCUCGCCGCUCCCCGCGGUGCACCUCCAGCCCUACAGCCCCCCAGCCGAGGGGAAAAAGCACCAGGCUGUACAGGAGCUGCCCCCCUCUAACACCUUCGUGGGGUCUGGAGGGUCCAGUGGUAGUGGUGGAAGUGGGAACGCUGAUGCCAUGUCUCUGGGGUCAGACCAGUGUUCUGAGUAUGGAUCCCAAACGGGGAAUAAGUACAGCAAGCAGGCGACCCUGCGGAGGGUGACGUUCUCCGUGGUCCCUGGGCCUCAGGACGGUUGCUAUGACAGCGCUGCAGAGGACUCUGAGACCCCCAGCAGUAAGGGUUCAUCUGGACCCCGAGUGGGGGCGCUGUCUCUCCCCGAGGAGGGGUACGAGAGGACCACACCUGAGGGAAGUGUAGGAGAGGAGGAACAUGUGGAGAACGAUGCCAGACAGCUCCCAGACGUAGCCCUGACAGGGAAGUGCACUAGGGAGUGUGAUGAGUUUGGACACUCCGACACUUGUUGGAUGCCCGCCGCUAUCCGCCCGUCGCCUCGGCAACACCAGCGCCAGCGCCACGUCAGCGAGCCGCCCCGCCUGUCCACCUUCGCCUCCCCUGGCAACGACAACAACAAUAACCAUGACGACGAUGAUGAGGAAGAUAGUGACAGCGAGAGCGCCGGCAGCGCCGGGAGUUCCGAACCGGGCGUAGUCAGCGUGGGAGUCGGCGGAGGAGGUCAGAGGUUACCGUUAGCCAAUGGGGAUCCUCUCGGCAGCCUGGUGGGCAGAGACAGGAUGAACCGGAACAUGGGCGACCACAACCGGAACCUACUCAACCGGAAGAUGACGUCAGCGUCGUACGACACGUUCAGCUCCGCCGGGUUCGGGAGACGCCAUCACGAGGAGGAUAGGGGGGGUCAGGGCAGGGUCAACCCUCCGGAAGUUAUACCAUUAACUAGGACCGGGGACUACAAGACCACGUCGUGCCUCACGCUCUCCCGUAGAGAGGUCUACCUGUAAGAGCAGGAUGGAUGGAUCAGUCCACUGCUGCUGCACCCCUUUGCUGAUGGAAUGGAACAUUCCAUCCCUGUUUGUUCUGAUGAAAUGGAACAGCCCACUUCUAGACAUUGGAAUGAAAUGGUCCAUUUCUGUUGUAGUUCUUUUGUUGAGAACUUUGACCAGCUGUGAAUAAUAACAAUAAUAUCAAUAAUAACAACACCUUAAGAAGAGAGGACCGCUCAGUGGGUUUGGGUUGGUUUUGGAGACAAGACACCACACAACUACAAAGCCACAAAAAAAAGAACACUGGGACCUUAGACUCCAAGAAGAAAUGACUAUAAGGUGUAAAUAAAAAAGAUGAAUGGUGUGAAUUAACUGAACACCCCCCCAUCCCCCAUCCCCCAAAGAAAACUACGAUUUAAUCGAAUCUGAACUUUUGGAUGGUAAAAACAUCAUAUUUAUGUGGAUGGUGAGGAGGGAGAUGGAUCCAUGGAUCUCCUUUGGGAGAGAGAGAGAGCAGUUCUGACUGACUUCAUCUAAUCUGUGUAGAAGUUUCUCUCAAAAAACAGAUCUAGGAUCAGUUUACUCUUCCCUGAAUCCUAACCUGAAGUAUUACAGGAAGCAACACAUUACUGAACUGAGAUCAGUGUCAAGUGUUAACUUCUUUCUUCUCUCUUUUUUUUAAUACUCUUUAAAGUUAAUUAGAUGCAUGUCUAACCUCCCACCAACAGGGGAGCUGUGGGGAGAUGGGAGAGAGAUGGAGGAACUGGGCCUGACGCCAUACACGCCUCAGGACCAAUGGGAACACUCGCUGAGGUGUAUGUGACCAAUGCAAUUUGAUUUGAACACUUAUGAUCGGACAGAUCUGAAUCUGACUAAUGUGGCGAACCCGAUGAUGGGACGCCAUGAAGGGUUAACCAAUCAAACGAUAGGACCAACGAGCUGUCGUUGUAAAAAGGAAUUUGAAUGGAUUUCAUGCUCAUCAAUCAAAUGUGAUUUAAACCUAAUCCACCAAUCAUCUAUGGCAUUAUUGACAAGUAGCAUCGAGAUAUUAACCAACCGUACAACGAGGAUUAUCAGAAUCUAACCAAUCACGGACAAUAUAUUUUCAGUAACAACCAAUCGGAUUCUUUGGCAAAGACGAGGAUUUAGGAAAAGAUAACUGAUUGAAAAAAAACAUCAGGUAUUUUUGAAAACACAAAGACUUGGGAGGCAAAAACAAUGUGAGGUUUUUUCCCGGAAAUGAGCCAGAAUCCCUGGGAAUACGAGGUCCAUACGAGUAUCAGUGCCAACGUAUUCCAGCUUUUUCUAAUGAAAAAAUGACACUUUUUCUGUCUUUCUGCUCUACUCUUGCUGAGACUAGGGAAGCUAAAUUCUGGGAAUGUUCCCAAAAUUCCAAGGUUUUUCAGAAAUCCUGGUUGAAGGAUUACGGAUUUCCUACCUAUUCCGAGGAAUCUUUUAUAAUCGGGAUUCCUGAAAAAAAACCUGGGGAUUUUGGGAAAGUUAGUGGUUAGUUAGUUACCUAGACUGUACAGAUGUAGUGUGGUUUAUGUGGUUUAGACUGGCAGUGUUCCAACACUGUCAUCCAUUCAUUAAGGCCAUUUCUCUACCGUGCUGAGCACCAGUUACUUCAUUCAUUAUGUAUAUCAGGAUCUUCCCUCUCUCACACACACAAUGUAGUGAAACACACACACACACACACUCACACACACUCAGUGAUACCAUACCCACACAACAUAGACGUGCGAGAUGCACACACACACACACACACACACACACACACACACACACACACACACUCAAUGAAACCAUACCCACACAACAUAGACGUGCGACAUGCACACACACACACACACACACACACACACUCACACACACACACACACACACACACACACACACACACAUAAUGUAUCUACAUGCAUUUAACCAUACUUUAUAACAUAUAACAUGUUGCCUCUGAAAACUAGCUUUUUGCCUGCUCCCCCCCCUCUUCCCCCCCAUCUUCACCCCCCCCCCUCCCCUCCUCUUCACCCCCCCCCCCCUCCCCUCCUCUUCACCCCCCUUCAUGUCAACUUGUAUUUAAAUAAGUCUUUCAACACAUUAAAGGGAUGUUUUGGUCUAUAUAGCGGCUCUACAUUAAAGGGAUGUUUUGGUCUAUAUAGCGGCUCUACAUUAAAGGGAUGUUUUGGUCUAUAUAGCGGCUCUACAUUAAAGGGAUGUUU